CACUGGAUGCUGCACAGAAUCAGUUCCACAGCAUCAGCAGGCAGCGGACCUCCAUCCUCCUCAUUAUCCCUCUCUCUCGUUCUCUUUUUUCUCCUCCUUUGCCUCUCCUCCUCUCACCACCACCACCCUCGCUCUCUCUUUUCUCUUCCCGUUCCUCUCCCUCCGACAGACACGUAAGCCUGCUUGGGCACACUGCAGCAGAGGACGUACACACACACACACACACACACCAGAAAGGAUAGCAGCAGCAGCAGCAGCAGUAGCAGCAGCAGCAGGCGGACUGCCUUUCCCACCCUCACAUCUUCUACCUCACCAGUUACGUCUCUUAUAUCCCACUGCAUCUCUUUUCCAUCUUACUCCUUUUUCUCUUUUUUCCUUCAAACCCUUCUCUCUCUUCCCUCUCCAUUCCAUCUCCUCCUCACGCCUCUUCUCCUUCCGGCCCGGGCCGGUUUCCCAGGAUGCCUUGUUCCAGGCCGCUCCGCUAGGCCCUAGCAGCAUGGGCGGAGCCUGGGUGGGGAGAGAGAGCACGGUUUGGACCCUUCCCCUCAGGACGGGCGCGCUGGCGGGUCACCCUCCCUCAGCUUCAGAUGGGUGAGGACGCUGAGAGCCCCAAAAUCAACCACACCUUCCUGCGAGACUACGUCACUGAAGCUGAUGUCAUCUCUACAGUGGAAUUUAACCAGACAGGGGACCUGCUGGCCACGGGAGAUAAAGGUGGCCGAGUGGUCAUCUUCCAGAGAGAGACCGAGUCUAAAGGGGAGUCAGAGGAGGUGGGGGACACAGGGGACUCUGGCGAGUACAAUGUCUACAGCACGUUCCAGAGCCAUGAGCCGGACUUUGACUACCUGAAGAGUCUGGAGAUUGAAGAGAAAAUCAACAAGAUCAGAUGGCUGCCACAGCAGAACGCGGCACAUUUCCUCCUUUCCACCAAUGAUAAGACCAUUAAACUGUGGAAGGUGAGUGAGAGAGACAAGAGACCAGAGGGAUACAACCUGAAAGAUGAGGAGGGACGGCUCAAGGACAUCUCUACCAUCACCUCUCUGCAGGUUCCGGUGCUGAAACCCACAGAUCUGAUGGUGGAGGUCCGUCCUAGACGAGUGUUCGCCAACGGACAUACCUACCAUGUCAACUCCAUCUCAGUCAACAGUGACGGGGAGACGUACCUAUCUGCCGAUGACCUCCGCAUUAAUAUGUGGCACCUGGGCAUCACGGACCGCAGCUUCAAUAUCGUGGACAUCAAGCCAGCCAACAUGGAGGAUCUGACGGAGGUGAUAACAGCAGCAGAGUUCCACCCUCACCACUGCCACUUGUUUGUGUACAGCAGCAGCAAGGGCACCCUGCGCCUCUGUGACAUGAGAGCCUCUGCACUCUGUGACAAACACACCAAAUUGUUUGAGGAACCUGAAGAUCCAGGGAGCCGGUCCUUCUUCUCAGAGAUCAUUUCCUCUGUGUCGGACGUCAAGUUCAGUCACAGUGGACGCUAUUUGCUGACCAGAGACUACCUCACCGCCAAGGUGUGGGACCUGAACAUGGACAAGGGCCCCGUGGAGACAUACCAGGUCCACGAAUACCUAAGGAGUAAGCUGUGUUCGCUCUAUGAAAACGACUGCAUCUUUGACAAGUUUGAGUGUGUUUGGAACAGCUCAGACAGCGUGAUCAUGACAGGGGCGUACAACAGCUUCUUCCGGAUGUUUGACAGGGAAACUGGACGAGGCGUAACCCUGGAGGCGUGGCGGGAAAGCAGCAAGCCUCGGGCUGUGCUGCGGACCCGCCGCGUCUACACUGGUGGUAAGCGUCGCCGUGGAGAUGUGGGCGUCGAUAGCCUGGACUUCACAAAGAAAAUCCUGCACAUGGCUUGGCACCCGUCUGAGAACAUCAUUGCCAUAGCAGCCACCAACAACCUGUACAUCUUCCAGGAUCGUGUCAACCCUGAGACGCAGACGCAGUGACAGGGGAUGGAAAUAUGGGCAGCGGCAGACACAGUGCUUUUAUCGAAUUUGUCAAAGGAGCAUAAACAGUGACUAAAAUAUAUCUGGAUGUCUUAGAGAAGGAGUGGGGAGUGGGCAGCCUUUAUGAGAAUAUUAAGUCUAAGCCAAGCUGUUUCACAUUAUACUGUGAUGCAACAUCUGUUUGUGUUGAUAAAAGAUUAAUGAUAAAACAACAAGACUGUUAAUUUAUUGGAUCCCCAAGGAAGGUGUAUAAUUACACUGGGAUGAACUGAUGUCUGCAGCACCCACCAGGACAUGUUUUUGGUUCCACUCUACUCCCACUUUUUGAAGAUGUUUGUGUAACUGCCCCACUGUGGGUGGUGGUAAAAGAGGUGCGGGGACACCUCUCCAUCUGCAAUGACUCAGUGCUGUUGACCACACAAUGUUGCACUCCUCACUGAUGUGCUCUGGUAAUGUUUGACACAAAAUGGGAGAUGCGCAUUGGGUAGCUACAUAGAAGUAACAAUGCUACAAAACAUGAAGACUGUGGACUUCCAGUUAGUGCAUCUAAAUCUAAAGCAUUUUUCACAAUUGUGGAAGAUUAGGAGUGGUGUUAUUGUACAGCUCUUCACAGCAACAUCCUGAAUCUUUUUUUUUCUUUUCUAUCGAAUUACAACAGCAGCUGAACCUCUCCUUUAGAGCAGUGCUCUUGGAGAUUGCACGCGUAAUUGACCCAUAAUCUUUGCCCUAUUCACUUUGCAAUAAUAGCACUAAUGAAAACACAGUGCAGCAGUAUCCCUGCUUUAAAAACAUGAGCUCUUCUUCUACAGGUUACAUAAUGUAUACACUCUUUUUACUAUUAGCUGUAAAUAUUAUGUGGGUUUUUUUUUUCUUUACUUUUUUUUUUUUUUUUGAGGCAGUACCAAUUGUGGUCCCAGAGAGCUAGAAGGCAAAAGAUGCAUUUUGUCUGGUUCACUGCAAAUGAUCCUGAGAUCUCAUUUAUAGAAAUGCUGUGUGAUUGCACUACUCCAGGUAAAGACUCGAUGUAGGAGCUGCUUGUAGCAGUACAUACAUACUGUAGGUAUUGCUGGCUGUAGAGCAGGAGGCAGUGGUGCACAAAACCAACACUUACUGUUUUGUUGUGUAUAUUAAGCCUGUGAGUCUUUGUACUUACAUGGUAAAUGAUUGCAAAUGAGGGAGACAGCGUGUUAGUGUUCCCACAUAUGCUCAGAUUGAGGCUAAAUAGUAAUUAAAUCUGAAAUAGAUUAAAGUUUCAUCGCUGUUAAGUGUUAUGCUAAUUUAAAAUGAGCAAAAUGUUCGUUUUAUAAUGCAUAAGCACAUUUUGGUGAGGAUUCUUACAAUCAAGAAAAAGUUGGUGUCGAAGCACAUUGUUCACGAAUGAGGCUGCUGAUUCAGCUGAUCAAAGUUUUGAUGACUAAGGUUGUGUCCUGUGUGUUUGAAGGUCAGAGGUUAUCACCAGUGCAAUAGUUCAUUAUGUACAUUGCUGAAAUGUCUUUAACGUUGAAACAAUAAUGUCAUGUGAAUUUUAUCAUGUCACAGGUUCAUAAUGUCAUUAUACCAUAUACCUCACAGUGCCACAUGCUACUCUGGGGUGCGACACUGAAAGCCCAGGAUGUACACCAAGUAAAGUGAUGUCUGUGUUGGACUAAAUUAUGUGACGUGGUCGAGAUUUGAUUGUUUACAGUGAAGUGCUUUGUUUUCAAGUGACCUUGGCCCUGAUGGGAUAAUUGUAAGUGGUCUGGAUGUGUACUGUAGCUGGUGAAGUAGAAAGAACCGGUGCCGAGGUGGAAAGUGUCAAGUCCCUUUGCACUUUUUCAAAAUCUGACAUUUACUCUGUGUGACGGACCUACAACAGUACACUGUGUUAACCUUAAAUCCUGAGAAGACAAAUGUUAUCGUAUCCGUUCCACUUAUCUGCUUUCUCCUCACGUUCCACCUCUUUAAUUUUCAAAACCACUGUUCAUGAAUGUUUAUGUUGCAGCCUGUAGGAUGGGGUGGGGGGUAGGAGGGGUUCUCUUAUAGGCACCCCUAAUAUAUUUGGGUCUUCACUGUCCAUUAGUGUUGUUGAAUGCAGACACAACGUUGCACUGAUUGGUUUAACAAAGUGUACAACACGGCAAAAUCUAUGAUGAUCACAAACCUACAAGAAAAUGAUUUACAUAGUGACAGGCCACCUAAAGCAUUAUAUAAGCUCCAGGACUCAGUCCUCCAAGGGUGAGCUGUAGUUUAGAACAAGUCAGUUGUAAUCGCAUCAUAACCACCACCACAUAGAACCAGUGAAAGGAUUUGUUUUUCAGGAGCACAGCAGCAGCAGCAUGUUGCCAUUACUCAAUGCUACUAGCGUGUAUAUCUAUCAUACUUUAAAAAAGACAAAUCUAACAAUACAAAAAACAUAACUCAAAUGAGAUGAAUGAAAGGAAUGUGCAUUAAUAAAAUAAGAGAAAAUCUGACAGAAAAUGUGUUGGAUCCUUUUUAUG